AGGUAACCUUCUACAUAUUGCAUGUGGAAUAAACCUAGCGCAUAAACAAAUUAAUAGCAUAGAGUUUGUAGAGAAUUACUUCAAAUGGUGACAAAUAAGUAUAUAAGCAAGCAGACUACGGUGAUCAUUCGCCCAUUGCCGACUUCCAUCGAGAAUAUUCGGUUCUUCUCCAAUGAAGGAGACUAAUCUUUGAAGUUCAACACAUAAAGAAGAAAUAUAACCAACCAACCGAUACCAAAAACAACCGAUCUCCCCCGCCCCCCAAAGGACCAACCGGGUCCAUCCGGCCACUAACCCGCGUGAACGGUCAAAACAGCGGGGCCAGCAGAACUUAAACACUUAAAAACAAUCACCACCGCGGAGGUUAAACCGCCGCGCUGCAAUGCUCCACCACAACAUCACCACAGAAUAAAUGUCUCCGGCUUUUUUUAUCUUUUCCGGAUCAGAAGUGAUGCAACUAUUCUUCCAUUGUGGAUGCUGAUAUUAUAGCCUUAAACCGUCGAUAAUCUAAUUUAAAAAAUUCAAAAAAGUCAUUUUAAGGCUGCAGAAGCAUUUUACCCUUUAAACUGGUGCUUUUGAAUCUUAAGGAUCCAUAGAUAUGUUGGACAGUGGCCCUCUCGCAUAGAUAAUAGAGCUUGGUAAAUUUUGAUAUGUAUUGGCAGAAAUGGUGCAUACCAUAUGAUCUUGACAGGUCGACAAGUGGAUAAUUAUGUGAUAAUACAAAUCUUAUUUUUGUUAGUGAAAGUAAAUUUAUUUUUGUUAGAAGUUUCAUUUUUCUUUUGGCGUUUUCCAUGUAGAGGGUUAAAUUAAUUGCACAAUGCCAGUCAGUCCCCCGAGCUUGUAUCAGAUGUGUCUCACAGCUGCAGUUGGGGAAACGAUUUCGUUUUGUAAGGCCUGUAGGAAAAAUUUUCGAAUUUUACCAAAUAAUGUGCUACUCGAUUAUUAUUAUACUAUAUUUUCUGAGAACAGAUUGUGUCUCCUAGCAUCCGAAUUCGCGGAUAUUAACGUUUUUGAUCGUUUACUUUACGUCAAACAGAAGAGGUGCAAACUCUUAAAAUGUUUUCAAACACUUAUAGAUCAUGGCCGAUUUAAUGUUGACAGUCUCAUACAGAGUUAUAUUAAAUAUCAAAAGAAUAAACCUCCAAAUAUCUCUGUUAUUGAUGUAGGGCUUAGAUUAGCAUAUUUUCUAAAUGAAGGAGGGUGGUAUGUACCCGCCAUAGAGGUUUUAAAAGGCACUGAAACUAUGUGCCAGCAAAUUGGAGAAGAUGACAUUUCUUUAAAGAAAUUACUUGAAACAUACCAGAUGAAAAUAUAUGCAGAAUCUCAAAACUGUCAGUUUAGUGAUGCGGAAAAAUCAUACAAAGCUUCACAAAAAAUUGUGGCAAAACUAGAACAACUGAACUCUCUUCCAAAUCUAACCAGCUUGUACUCAACUUAUUCUUUAAUGUAUUUUAUUCAUAGCGAAUAUAAUGAGGCAUAUGCUUGGUCAGAAAAAGCUCUGGAAAAUCUCUCUGAUAAUUUGCCUUUGCGUGUCCGGAUGGAAGUGUUGAGUCAGGCUUCCAAGUCUUGUGUGAUAAAGCGAUAUUUCAAUAAAGCAGGGCUUCUUAUCCGCCAGGCUGUCAAUAUAGCAAAUUUCAUACUACAAACUGAAAAUUUACCCUGCGCAUCAGAUGUCUUACUGGAUUAUGCCUUUUAUCUUUUGAACUAUGACUCCAUAGAAGAAAGUGUGGAUAUUUAUAAGCAGGUGUUAAAAUUAAGAUCGGACAUAUUUGAUAAAUACAACAUUAAAGUGGCCCUAGCUCAUGAAGAUCUGGCUUAUGCACUCUAUGUGUGUGAAUACAGUUCCGGCAAUUUUUUUUUAGCAAGAGAACAUGUGGAAACAUCUAUCAGCAUAAUGGAAAAAAUAUUAGUCAAGGAUCAUUUAAUGUUAGCAUCUGUAAAGCGAGUCAAGGCAUUGAUUUUGGAAGAAAUUGCACUAGAUGAACAUUUAAAUACUAGGCGACAAAUUGAGUAUCUUAAGACAGCUGAAUCUUUACACAAAGCUGCUUUAGAACUUUCUUAUACAGCCUUUGGGGAAAAAAAUGUCCAAACUGCAAAGCAUUUUGGCAAUUUGGGUAGGUUAUACCAAAGCAUGAGGUUCUAUGAUGAAGCAGAACAGAUGCAUCAGAGAGCUAUAGCAAUCAAAGAGGAGUUGUUAGGAAAAGAUGAUUAUGAAGUAGGUCUCAGUGUUGGUCACCUGGCAUCUCUGUUCAAUUACCAUAUGAAACGUUAUGAUGAAGCUGAAAAAUUGUAUUUGCGUUCAAUUGAGAUAAAUUUAAAGUUAUUUGGUGAGGCGUAUUCGGGUUUAGAGUAUGAUUACAGAGGACUUAUACAUGUGUAUACGAAGUUACUAGAGAAUUCAAAAGUCUUGCUUUACAAUAAAAAAAUGAGGGAAUGGAAACUGUUACGUAAAAAUAUAAAAUCUGUAGAUUAUAAAGAGAAAACUUUGCCGGCCAAAGAAAUUAUCUUGCGGUUUUUUGAAAUGAAACAUUGAAUUGUCCAUUCAAAGCUGGGCUUUACAGGGUACUUACUGAAAAGAAGUCAUGGAAACAAGACUUCAUUAACUCCCAAGUCUUUCGUUCCCAUAUAGCAUUCCCAAUCAUGUUAAUGUGUUGCUUAAAAUGAAUGUAAGAAAGUGUCGGCCGACGAUGUAAUAUAGAGAAAUGUGCAUUAAAACGGUAAAUAUUUUAUUAUGAAACAAUCGCUUAGGUAGUUGUAUAUUUUCUAUUGGAUUUUCUACCAAAAUGUCGAAUCAAAUUGGUGCGUUAAUUGGUUGCUUGGUAAAUUGUGAUCCUUUGUCAACUCAUCCUUUCACUGGUUACAAAAUAAAAAAUCAAUAAAAUUUACCAUAACCCAAGGGCGUUUGUUACAGCCUUCCGAAUCUUCAUAAAACAACUAUUGCUCCUUUUAAAUUUGUUUGAUUAAAAUAAAUUAUGUUGUCAUAAAAACUGCUUUUCACUUGGUCUUCUUUUGACCCAUCUAUGCAGGUGAUUGACAUUGAAUGUGUUAAAGUUGUGUUGAGCUAGCUUUUUUUCAAAUCAAAGGACGAAAACCUUCUUUUAUACGAAUUCAAAAACUAGAGAAAAGUGUUUUUUUUAAUAAUGAAACGCCAUGUAUUUUAUCAAUUAUUCUAGAAGACAGUUAACCUUUUUAUUUCUAAACUUCGGUUCCAAAAUUACGGCAAAUUUCUGUAAAAAGUAGCACAAAUUAACUAUCUUAAUCUGUUGAUUGUCCAUACAAUGUCCGGUUAUCGAAUGGUUCUUGUUAUUCCAUAUUGCUUCUUCAUUUCUAUUCAUCAUUCACCUUGCUUUUAUAUGUUUUUCGCAAGUACUUUUAUUCCUAUUCUGCAAGCUUUUGUUGCUCACUGCGAUACAUAGCCCUCCCAAACAAUGCUAUGGGCCUCAAAACUGUUUUGCUUAAUUUUCCUCUGACUUUUUUCCUUUUUCAUAUUCAUAGAUAACAAUGCAAUUUUAUUAAUUCGGUUUUAAAUGUUGUUCCAUUGGAAAUGCAUUAUGU